AUGACGUGGGAAAACUUUCUCGCGUCCUAUUCAUUUGGAGACACUUCGGACGACGGGAAUCGUGUGACGAUCUCCAGCCACCGUCACCUGUCAUGUGCUGCUGUCAGGAGAUCGCCGAAAAGCACAAAAGCUACAGAUGGGGAGGGAGUGCAUGAGACGACAAAAGAUGUCGAUAAAGUUAACAUCGUGCAAACGACGAAGGAACCCUUGCAGGAAAGUGCCAAUGCCGAAAAUACAAAAGAGAAUAUGGAACCAUUAGUCAAUGCGCAAAAAGUACAACUACAAGAUCCACAAUAUGAAAAAUGUCGAAGAAUUAUAGAGCAAGCAUUUGGGAAAGAUGAAGCUGAAGUAGAAUCAACUGAACUGUAUUUUACGCAUGAUGUCAAUGCAGAACAAACAAAGCAAGGGAUAGAAAUGAAAGAAAAGCUAAGUUUGGCAGAAAACUCGAUGGAUGUCAAAGCACAGUCUGCCCUCAAAUAUUCACCUGAAUUGAAAGAUGAACCUGAAGAGCUGAUAGAAAAAGAGUAUAUGGUAAAGGAUUGUAUGGUACGGUUAGAGCCGAAAACCCUUGAUACAGAACCUGAUGAAGAUUUGAUUCUGAUAAAGCCAACACUGAAUUUGCACUUGCUGUCUGCUAGGGCACCUGACGAUUUAAUGAAGGAUACAGAUAAUAAUAUGGAGACAACCAAUGAGAAUUUGCAUCUCGAAGAAAGACCCGCAGAAGACUUAAAUAAAUAUGUCCAUAGCCAUGAAAAUUUAGAAUCUUUGUAUGGAACACACGAAGAACGAACAAAAACUGCAGCUUAUACUAUUGACGUGAGUGAAACUAGAAAGGAACAAGAAGAGCCCCCAGUAAUAAAUAAAUAUACCGGUUUGGAAAGCGAGGCAAACGUCUCCAUGUUAAAAAAUACAUACUUGCCUAAUGAAGCUGAUAUGGACAUCCAACCACUACUACGCCAUAAUGCACCAACAAAAACUGCACCUAAUACUAUUGACGUAAGUGAAAUUGGAAAGGAACAAGAUGAGACCCCAAUAAUAAAUAAACAUAGCAGUAACGAAAGCGAGCCACCAAUAAUAAAUAAACAUAGCAAUUUAGAAAGUGAGACAAACAUGUUAAAACAAUUAUACUUGCCUAGCGCUACUGAUACGGACAUCCAACCACUCCUUCGCCAUAAUGCCUUUGUUAAUGCAACAACUGCAAAAGAGGAACAGGAAAAACUUAAACAGAAGGUGGAAGAUAUACAAGAAACACCAUUAGUGGAAGUUCAAAAUGAACCUAUUGAAGGAUUCAAUGUAACUCCAAGAGUUUUGGGAGAUUUAGAACAAGCCUACAGUUGUGUUAAGGAGGACCGUGCAGAUAGCAUGUCUGGUGGGAAAUCUAGCGGUGUGGAAUCGAGCAUAGAUGAAGCGGCGAAACGUUGUCUAGACAGUCCAUUUGGUCAAAUUGACAAAGCACUCCUCAAUGAACUGGAAAAGCUUGGCAUCCCCACAACCUGCAAAAGUGACCAAAAACGCUCUCCAUUUAUAGAUGACAAUCGGGUCCAGAUGAACAUAUUAUAUAGCUACUCAAAGCUAGACCCAUUUGAGGACGACGAAACUAGUAUAUUAUUUUCAGAAAAACUAUACCCAGGACAUCCUAUGAUCAAAGAGAUAAUACUUCCUGACAAAGACGCCGAGGCUCAAGAAAUAGCCGCAAAACUAGCAGCUGAAAACGAAGAAGAGGACAGUUUGGCAAUGUACCCAAGCCAUAUGCAUAUAGAUAAAAAUUACGAUCUAAAAACACUAAUGACAAAAUUAAGAUCUGACUCUAUUUUCCCAGAUGUGGCGAAGCCACAAGAAGUAAUAAAGCAACAUGAUAUUAAUAUUCAACAAACACCACAAGCUUUACACUUUGAUCCUGCACAGAUUUCUUCAAUUAGUGAGGGAACGACUACAGAUGCUCUCACGGAUGUACCUCCGAAACAGGCUUCAUUCCAAGAAACAAACCUUAAUGUGAAGGAAACCGAAAUAAACGAAGUAUCAGAUAACAAUGAACCAAAUGAAAAAUUAAAAACACAAAAAUUUUAUGCUAGACCAGGCACAGAAGCGGAAGAACUGGCUUCCGAAGAAGAGCCACCUGUAACUAGACCAAACUGUAAGAAUGUUACACAGACGGACAUGUCAGUCGAAAUUCAAGAAAUAGAUAAUGUAUCAAAAUCUGUAGCAAAUUACAUGGCUCCUCCUCCAUUACAACGACCAAAUAAAAUCAAUUCAAAUGUAUCAGAUGGUAUUUGGGAUGAAAACAUUGAUGCAUUGACCUCAAAAGCGAAAAGAACUCCACCAGAAGAGCUAACAAAACCACAAACAAAAUUAGAUCCUUGCUGUGUGUUUUCAUGCAGCGAGACCUGUCCUAUUUCGCCAAAUUCCUCGCCAAGCCAUUUAAUAGAAUCUACAGAGGCUAUAUUUGAAAACCAGCUAAAGAAUCCCGAACAAAAAGAUGGUAAAAAUCAAGAUCUCUUUAUGGAUGUGAAUAUUCCAGCUCAAAGCAGCGUAAAGCAGGAGACUUUAUCACACGCUCUCAGCAACUUGCCCAAGUUGGACGAGGAUAAUAUAUCGAUGUCAGAGCUCCUAAGAAGAGUGAGGGAAAGAAGCAAAAUAAUCGAGUAUACGAGUAGAAAUGAAUUGAAGUCUAUAGCACUUGAUGUGGACCCUAUCCAGGCUCAAGUGGGUAAGUGCCCUAAGAAGGCACCUCACUGUCUGCCUACGGCGCCCAGGCCACCGAAAGACCCAAUACCUCCGCCCCCCUUCGGCUUACCUCAACUCAAGCCGCAGCCACCUGCCUGUAAACCCCGAAAACCUCGCACGAGAAAAUACUCAACCUGUGAUCUAGAUCUGUCAUCUGGUUUACGUCUGUGGCCAGAAUUCAACGCCCCAGUAGCAGAAGUGCAUGCGGAAAUGAUUCAUGAGAUGAAGAAUAUGGGAACUGAUAUGUGCGCUAUUCGUUUGAAAGCUGAUUUGACGGAGCAGGUGAUUGAGAGACUUGAGACUUUGGGCAAGCUUCUUGGAAGACUAUUAGGCCAGAGGAAAGAGGAUUGGAUCACUGAAAGUAGAAAUCGUCCAGGGUCCAUUAAGACGAUGUUGGCUAGAGACUAUGCGCCGUGGGUGCCGAUUCCGUCUUGGCCAGCUCCAAAGCAAGCAACCAAGAGGAAGCCACCGUGCGAGCCUGGCUGCCCAAUCCGUCCACUUCCACUGGGCAAGAUGAAUCCGGAACCGCCAUGGAGGCCCAAUCCCUCCCCCUCCCCCCAUCCCUCCCAAAUAAAACUCCGGCAACGCAUACGUAACUCCUUUGGUUGGGUGUCCAUGGGCGGCACUGAUUGCUUACCAUCAGUACAAAAUGAAGACUCGCCGAUUCUAAGCAGAAGCUUUUUCCAAACAGAAUGGACAAAACCGAAGUUUGACGUUAGCAAGCCUUACACUAAUAAGAGGGACAAUGAUACCGAACGAUCUUUAGAUGCUAACGAAAAACCGGAGGUCAAAGAAGCUGAUUCAGAACUCAAAACAGCGAAAUUCCACACUCAUCCUAACCUCAAAAUACCAAAUUGUUGCCACAUUAAAAAUGAAGUGCCACUUACACUUGGGCAUUUGAAUUUACAACGGCUACUCAUGCCGCCAAUGGCUGCUGUAUCUUUUGUCCUUGUCAGACAUUAUUCCGACCAAGAUGUUUUUUGGAGACCAAAUAGCAGGAUCCCGAAUGAGGCAGAAUGGAUUAAGCGAAUGCAGAAUCCAUUGUACAGAAAGGAGGCGGAAAAAGAAGUGAAAUAUUUAUUAUUGGCGUAUGGUAAUAGCAAAGCCGUGCCACACAGAAAAAGGUCGAAAACUAAUUUGAAUCCACCGAAAAGUCAGAACGCAAAUGUCAUUAAUGCUAAAUUUUAA